UGAGGCUGUUGCUAUAGUUAGCCGAGCUGGUGGCGGGCUAUAUAAGCCCCCCGGGGAUCCUGGUAAAACGCGGCUUCACACAGUCUUCUCUUUCUUGACCAUCCAAAUCUCCACACAUACCGUCUUAAGAUGGCACCCAAGAAGGCCAAGAGGAGGCAGGCAGCAGGAGAUGGCGGCUCCUCCAACGUGUUCUCCAUGUUUGAGCAGAGCCAGAUUCAGGAGUACAAGGAGGCUUUCACAAUCAUUGACCAGAACAGAGACGGUAUCAUCAGCAAAGAUGAUCUGAGGGACGUGCUGGCCUCUAUGGGCCAGUUGAAUGUGAAGAAUGAGGAGCUGGAGGCCAUGGUCAAGGAGGCCAGUGGCCCCAUCAACUUCACCGUCUUCCUCACCAUGUUCGGAGAGAAGCUGAAGGGCGCUGACCCCGAAGACGUUAUUGUUAGCGCCUUCAAGGUCUUGGACCCUGAGGCUACAGGGUCGAUCAAGAAAGAAUUCCUUGAGGAGCUCCUGAGCACCCAGUGCGACAGGUUCUCCCCAGAGGAGAUGAAGAACCUGUGGGCCGCCUUCCCCCCAGAUGUUGCCGGCAACGUAGACUACAAGAACAUCUGCUAUGUCAUCACACACGGAGAGGAGAAGGAGGAGUGAAAAGAAAGGAUCGGUAGAAGAGAAGAAACCGCAGCUUUCCCUUGCUAUUCUGCCUUCCCUGCCCGUCCCUCCUCCUUCAUCCCACCUUUACCUUUAUGUGUACACCCACAUGUGCUCCCUGUCACUCAUGUCCACGCCAAAGACUUGUAUUCUUCACUGAUGCGCUCACAUGAGAGGGCAAGAUGCAACAUGGGGUCUCUGUGUUUGCUUAUGGGGAAUUGGGGAUUAUUUUCAAUAAAAUGAUCUUGUGACAUCA